ACAAAUAAUCCCUCACAUCAACACUUGGUCCUGCAUCCUUGUCCAGCUUCUUCUGCAUCACCUUUGCUCUCAUCACGACCUCUGCCUGGCCUGGUUGCCAGUGCUACUGCCACCCAUCUUUUGCCCGGUAUCGUCACAAGCUCUGCUGUACUUGGGUCUGGUUUCACUGUUGGCGAAGCUGCAUUUUGCUCCUCUGCAGCUAAUACUCCGGAUAUAAGUACUUGCAUCACUUCCAGUGCCACCACUAUGGGAUAUUUGGUUGCUUCACAAACAGCCCCUUACACUGGUCACUCGAGCUCCGGGAUUAGUCCAGCUUAUGCAAUAGAGCAGCCGCAACCAGUUCGACGGGUCUCAGAUUCUGAUUCAAAUCAGCACACGACCACUUAUUGUCCUGCGCAGCAGCACCAAUACUUUACCACGCCAACUUCCGUUGCCUUAUUACAUCAACCGGGGCCCCCAUCAACUCUCGCUAUGACUGGUUCUCAAACGGCUUUUUCCAUGCCUUACUCUUCGGCGCCUCAAAGUCAGCAGCAUCAGCAACCUCUACCGCCGCCUUCUGCCCCACCGUCUCCGCUUCAGCAUUAUGUUUCUCCGACAUACGCCGCAUUGCAAGUCCCCGCUAAUCAAACUUUGCGGCAGACUGGCUCUCCCGACAGAUUGACCCCAAUAGGAUCUGCUCUUCUUUUGUCUAAUAACAAUAUGGUCGCCUCAUCUUCCUCUUCGAUCCCCAUCUCCUCCACCACUACUACUGCGGGAAUCUACACUGGGUCUAGACCCAUGACAUCGCAUGGUUAUGGAGCAUUGGUUUUGCCUAGUUCCGUUUCUGGUCAUUUUACAAUGAAGGCCUAUUCAGCCGUUAGUCUGGCGGCUUCUUCUGCUGUGAAUGUCGCACCAAUAACGACGUCAGCCACCAUCCAUAAUAAUAACACAGGUGGCAUUGCCAACAAUAAUGCCGAUGAUGUUGGCUCUUCUGUCCUUGAAAAUACCUCAUUUUUUCGCACGGCUUCGCAUCUUCAGCAUCACCAACAGCAGCAGCACCACCAAUCAAUACAAAAGCAUUCAAUUGCCCAACUUCAGUCUCAUCACCAACCUGUCUUGAUUUUGCCUCGCCAGGCGCAUGGAUCGCCCGCUUUACUUCCUUCAUCAUCUGCUCUAUUCCAUCCGCAAAUAUCUCGACUGGCUACUCAACAAUCGAAUCAAUUGCAUUCUCAAGUAAAACAGCCUCAACAACAACAUUCACGAUACCAGAUGCAGGUUGGUGCUGCAUACACUCCUCCGCAUCAGCUGCAACAGCUUCAGAGCAAUCAGCAGCAGCAACAGCUUCAGGGCCUUGUGCAGCCGAACCUAUCGCUACGCCCUGGAACAGACAGGCUACCACAGCCACAUCUUUCUGAUUAUAGUGUGGCCCAGACGAGUGAUGUUGUUACCCCUCCUAAUCGGAUUGCUGUUAGAACUGAUCCUCUUAUCUGCACUUCUACCCCUGGCAUGACAGGAAUUGUCAGUGCCCCAGGAGCUGAAUUUGUGAGUGGACAUGCUGCAGGCUCUACUACCAUCGCAACGCACUGCCAUUCAACUGCUGCUCUUCCGCCGGUAGAAGAUCGACGUAUCCGAGUUUCUGCUAUUCGAACGACAUUGGCACAUGUGACUAAUUGUCAAUCCUUGGCUUCAGGUGGAAGUGAGGCUCGAAGCUAUUCUCUUUCAGUGGCUGCGUUGGCAAGCGGUAAUUCCGGUUCAACGGAUACGAUUGGAAACACAAAAGAAACGGCUCUAUCUACUCCUCGUGGCACGUUGCUGGUUCCACAAACUCAGCCUCAUCAGAACCAACUCCAACCGUCUCAGUUGCAGCAGGCACAACAACAGUCUACAAACCAGUUGGGGCAGCAGAUUUACAUAUGUGAAAUCUGCGCCGAUAAGGCGUCUGGCAAGCAUUAUGGUGUGUAUCCCAUACCUUCAAUUAUAUUUAAUGGUUGUUUGACCUUGUUUUCGCAACUUGGUCCUAUUGGUGGAAUGACUUAG